CCUAACUAAACCCACCCCCACCCCCCUCCCCCGCGCCGCCGCCGCCGCAAUGGCCGCCGCCGCAGUGCUCCGGGGCGGCUCCCGCCGCGUCCUCGCCUACCCGGCCCUCCGCGCCGCCGUGAUCUCCGGCCCCGCCGCGCUCCCCGACGUGCCCCAGCCGCCGCCGCCGUCGCCGCUGGCCGCUGGCCUAUGGGCGAGGUCCAUGGCCACCUUCACCCGCACGAAGCCCCACGUCAACGUCGGCACCAUCGGCCACGUCGACCACGGCAAGACCACCCUCACCGCCGCCAUCACCAAGGUGCUGUCGGAGGCCGGGAGCGCGAAGGCGGUGGCGUUCGACGAGAUCGACAAGGCCCCGGAGGAGAAAGCCAGAGGAAUCACCAUCUCAACGGCUCAUGUCGAGUAUGAGACCGCUAAGAGGCACUAUGCUCAUGUGGACUGUCCAGGCCACGCCGAUUACGUCAAGAACAUGAUCACCGGUGCUGCUCAAAUGGAUGGUGGUAUUCUUGUCGUGUCAGCUCCUGAUGGCCCCAUGCCACAAACAAAGGAGCAUAUUCUUCUAGCUCGACAGGUUGGUGUGCCAUCACUUGUUUGCUUCUUGAACAAAGUUGAUGCUGUUGAAGAUGAAGAGCUACUAGAACUUGUGGAGAUGGAGCUUCGAGAGCUCCUCAGUUUCUACAAGUUCCCAGGCGAUGAUAUUCCUAUCAUCCGUGGAUCUGCCUUGUCAGCCUUGAAUGGAACAAAUGAGGAGAUUGGAAAGAAUGCUAUUUUGAAACUGAUGGAUGCUGUCGAUUCUUACAUCCCUGAUCCUGUGAGGGUGCUUGAUAAGUCUUUCUUGAUGCCAAUUGAAGGCAUUUUCUCAAUCCAGGGUCGUGGUACUGUUGUGACUGGACGUAUUGAACAGGGGGUAAUUAAAACUGGUGAGGAUGUUGAGGUCAUAGGUUUGACGGAGAGUGGUCCUGUGAAGACUACAGUUACUGGUGUUGAGAUGUUCAAAAAGAUGAUGGAUCAUGGAGAGGCUGGUGACAAUGUUGGUCUUCUUCUCCGUGGUCUUAAGCGUGGUGAUGUCGAGCGUGGCCAGGUGGUUUGCAAACCCGGUACUGUGAAGACCUACAAAAAGUUUGAGGCGGAAAUUUACGUCCUUACCAAGGAUGAAGGUGGUCGCCACACUGCAUUCUUCUCGAAUUACAGCCCACAAUUCUACUUCAGGACAGCUGAUAUCUGUGGGAAAAUCGAGUUGCCUCCGGACGUGAAGAUGGUUAUGCCUGGUGACAACGUAACCGCAAUCUUUGAGUUGAUGUUGCCUGUUCCGCUCGAACCAGGUCUAAGAUUCGCGCUGAGGGAAGGAGGGAGGACCGUCGGCGCCGGAGUUGUCGCCAAAGUCAUGAGCUAAUAACAAUAAUAUGUUCCAGACCUUUCUCUUUUUUUUGGCCUAGUGAAUUUUAGCGAACAAAUGAAUGUUGAUAUGAAGGAUUUGUCCGACCGGAAACACGAGAUAAACGAGAGUCGAGAGCAAGGGGACUGGCAUGGAUGCAUCUUGUGUGGAUGCAUUCAGCCAACCAACUUCCUACGGAUAAUGGUUUGUUACCAUUCCCAAGAAUUGCUAUUUUUUCUUCUCAUGUUGGGUAGUUUGCUGUAUCAUACCGCAGCUUGUUACCUAGACACGCUUCUCUGGCAUAUAUUAGCUCGGUGAUUCAAUAAGACCGUCUCGUUUCCUGAUGCA